UGCUCCCUCACUUGCUUCUCCUCCUCUUCAUUUUCGUAGAUCUCUACGUAACUGUCAAACCAACUCAACAAUGUCAGUUACAGCUGCCACGUCGCCGUCGGUCGGGUCCUUCCACCCCUGCCGCCGAUCAACUGUGCCGUCCGUCCCCCCUCGAUUCAGGAUGACCGUCCGAUCCACUGCUGUUUCUGUCACUCCUCUAGUCACUAAGUUACGCAAGGACUGUGCAACUCCUUUGCCCCUGUUGCGCCACGUGGCGGACGCAAUGGCCGCCGAUAUGCGAGCUGGUCUGGCCGUGGAAGGCGGGAGUGAUCUCAAGAUGAUACUCAGCUACGUAGAUAGCCUCCCAACUGGGAAUGAGAAUGGUUUGUUUUAUGCUCUGGAUCUUGGAGGCACAAACUUCAGGGUGCUGAGAGUACAACUAGGAGGCAAGGAAGAGCGUGUGAUCGCCACUGAGUUCGACCAAGUUUCGAUCCCCAAGGAUCUGAUGUUUGGCACUUCCGAGGAACUAUUUGAUUUUAUUGCUUCUGGAUUGGCAAAGUUUGCAGAAAAUGAAGGUAACAAGUUUCACCUUCCAGCUGGUACAAAAAGAGAGAUUGGAUUCACAUUUUCAUUCCCUGUGAAGCAGACCUCAGUCGAUUCUGGAAUACUAAUUAAAUGGACAAAGGGAUUUUCAGUCUCUGGAACGGCAGGGAGAGAUGUAGUUGCUUGUUUAAAUGAGGCUAUGGAAAGGCUUGGAUUAGAUAUGCGUGUGUCUGCCCUGGUUAAUGAUACUGUUGGAACAUUAGCUGGAGCAAGAUACUGGGAUGAUGAUGUCAUGGUUGCUGUCAUUUUAGGUACUGGAACCAAUGCUUGCUAUGUUGAGCGCGUUGAUGCAAUUCCUAAACUAAAGAACCAUGCGUCUUCUUCUGGUUCAACGAUUAUUAACACCGAGUGGGGAGCAUUCUCAAAUGGUCUUCCGUUAACCGAAUUUGAUAGAGAUAUGGAUGCCGCUAGCAUUAAUCCGGGGGAGCAGAUCUUUGAGAAAACAAUCUCUGGAAUGUAUCUUGGUGAAAUUGUAAGAAGAGUACUACUGAAGAUGGCUGAAGCAGAUGCGCUCUUUGGUGAUUCAAUCCUAGAAAAACUAUCAACACCAUUUCUACUCAGGACCCCAGAUCUAUGUGCUAUGCAGCAGGAUACGUCUGAUGAACUACAAGAUGUUGGUUCAAUAUUAUACAAUGUAGCAGGGGUUGAGUCCAAUCUAAGUGCGAGAAAGAUUGUGGUAGAGGUAUGUGACACCGUUGUGAAGCGAGGCGGCCGCUUAGCUGGUGCAGGAAUAGUAGGGAUACUGCAAAAGAUGGAGGAGGAUUCAAAAGGUGUCAUCUUUAGCAAGAGAACAGUUGUUGCUAUGGAUGGAGGCUUGUACGAGAACUACCCUCAGUACAGAACAUAUCUCAGUGAAGCUGUCACCGAGCUUCUUGGGCACGAUCUUGCAAAGAAUGUUGUCAUAGAGCAUUCAAAAGAUGGGUCCGGUAUAGGGGCUGCUCUUUUAGCUGCUGCAAAUUCCAAGUAUCAUAGCUAUGACUCGUAGCGCAGGACAACAUUGUUGAAGGACCAACAAGGUAUUGUACUACCAUGUAAUUAGUAUCCAAUGAUCAGAGUUGUAUGUAAUUGGGUUUGGGAAUAAGGUGGGUGAAUUAGAAGAUGAUGAUGUAGGAUUCACUCCAGAAUUGUGAUUUCCGGCAGUAAGCCUGUAUAAACACUUGGGCAGUGAGACUAUGAUGCACCAUUCAUCUGUGUGGUGCAAUUUUUGUCAUUCAUUUGAUGCACGAGAUACAAUGUACUACU